AUGGGUAUCUAUGACCAGUCACUGGGUUUGAAUUGGGUUAAGGAUAAUAUCCGACAAUUCGGUGGCGAUCCCAACAAAAUAGUGCCCUUUGGUCAGAGUGCCGGUGCGAUCAGUGUUGGGAUAUUAAUGGCAUUGAAUUCAACAAAGAAUAUAUUCUCGAGAGCCAUAACCGCCAGCGGAGGGGCUCUAUUGCCCGGAAAGUACCGCUCAAUCAACUCAUUGACGUACAAACUCAGAUUCUGGACUCAAGAGUCGAGCGAGCUGUUGGCAGGGGUGGUGCCCAAUGAAGGCGCGUGGCUCAUGCAUGCAUCCAGUCCUCAGGUGUUCAGACGACAUACCUUUCCACUAAUGCGAACACAAGAAGACACAAGAAAUAUGUUUGUCUGGUAUCUGACAGAGAAAGUAGGACUGGCCCCAAACAUCGCACCACUCAUUGCUAACUCGAUGAUUGUGGGCCCCGAAAUGGACACACCUUUCAAUAAUAUGGUGAGACUGUCGAAAGCAAUGGGCGAUAACUCCAUCACUUGUCCCACCAUUUAUAUGGCCGAUGAGAUGGUGGCCCGCAAUAAGACGGUUUACAUGUAUUUGUUUGAUCACAAGGCUAAGCCUACCAAAUUCGGGGAGUGGCAAGGGGUCAGUCACUACGAAGAGGUGCCGUUUGUCUUUGGAUACCCUCUGAGACGCACAAAAUACUUCAGUAAAGAUGACAUAGAAAUGACAAUGCGAAAGACUUCGACCACACCUGAGGCCAACCCGCGGGCACUGAUCGUAGUGUCGGAAGCAUCUGAUCCCGGGGUUCAAAGUCGGGCACCGACUCACUCGAGACUCUUUUGGCACUCGAGGUCCACAAUUGGAGCUCAUUUACUGACUCANGUUGUCGUUAUUUGGAGAUCAAAGACCAAUGCAAUUGAAAAAACCAAAUAUUGUUUGGACGACAAUAAUAACUACAUUACCGACAACUUAACCAAAAACUCUAAUCUACCCGUAAUUGUUGAUAUGAACGACUCGACGAUGAAGUUGUCCACCGUUUCAGAAACUCGGCCGCCGUUACCACCAAAAAUCAACUUCAAAAGACAUGGUAUCAGUCCCACAAAGACCAAGAACCAAACGUUUGCAUCGGAUUUCUAUACAUAUAAGAGACCUAUUGUGAAGACAUCGAGUGGUGUUAUUGAGGGUAAGAAUCUAACAGUAUUUGGGUCCACAAUCUAUGGCUUUCUGGGCAUACCGUACGCCGAACCACCUGUCGGUGAUCGUAGAUUUACCAAACCCGAGCCCAUCAGACCAUGGAAAGGCAUUUUUAAGGCCAUGAGCUUCAGCGCUAUGUGUCCUCACAAGAUAUUCCCCAAGAGUUUGGUUCCCAUGAAAUAUAUAACUCAUAAUAUAUCGGAAGACUGUCUGACACUAAACAUCUGGACACCAGAUAUUCGGCCAAAAACCCUACGAACUGUAAUGGUUUGGAUACAUGGAGGGGCUUUCCAAUAUAAUACGGCUAAUCUCUAUGAUACAGACGGUAAGGUACUGUCUACAUAUGGGGAUGUGGUGGUCGUUUCUAUCAACUAUCGUAACGGAGCCUUAGGUUUUCUAAACAUUCAAACACCUGAAGCUCCGGGAAAUAUGGGUAUCUAUGACCAGUCACUGGGUUUGAAUUGGGUUAAGGAUAAUAUCCGACAAUUCGGUGGCGAUCCCAACAAAAUAGUGCCCUUUGGUCAGAGUGCCGGUGCGAUCAGUGUUGGGAUAUUAAUGGCAUUGAAUUCAACAAAGAAUAUAUUCUCGAGAGCCAUAACCGCCAGCGGAGGGGCUCUAUUGCCCGGUAUAUUGAACUCAAAAACCGUACAAAACGGGAAAGUACCGCUCAAUCAACUCAUUGACGUACAAACUCAGAUUCUGGAGAGUUCUCAGCUCGCAUUCGUUCCCACCUCUAACGGCGCCUAUAAAGACAUGAACUCCCCGGCCAACCAACUCAAUGAUACGAAUCUAUUCUCAAAUAUGAAGGAGCUGUUGGCAGGGGUGGUGCCCAAUGAAGGCGCGUGGCUCAUGCAUGCAUCCAGUCCUCAGGUGUUCAGACGACAUACCUUUCCACUAAUGCGAACACAAGAAGACACAAGAAAUAUGUUUGUCUGGUAUCUGACAGAGAAAGUAGGACUGGCCCCAAACAUCGCACCACUCAUUGCUAACUCGAUGAUUGUGGGCCCCGAAAUGGACACACCUUUCAAUAAUAUGGUGAGACUGUCGAAAGCAAUGGGCGAUAACUCCAUCACUUGUCCCACCAUUUAUAUGGCCGAUGAGAUGGUGGCCCGCAAUAAGACGGUUUACAUGUAUUUGUUUGAUCACAAGGCUAAGCCUACCAAAUUCGGGGAGUGGCAAGGGGUCAGUCACUACGAAGAGGUGCCGUUUGUCUUUGGAUACCCUCUGAGACGCACAAAAUACUUCAGUAAAGAUGACAUAGAAAUGAGUAAAAGAGUUAUGAAGAUUUGGUCACAUUUUGCUAAAAAUGGCAAAGUAUUGCCACAAUUAAGCCUCCAGUGGCCGAAGUACAGCCCAGAGGAGUCAUAUAUGGUGUUACGGCCCAACAUAUCGUCGAUAAUCACCAGCUUUCACGAGAGGACGUGCGAG